AUGCUACACCAGGAGCUCGCUCUGAAAUACGGUCUCGCAGAUCGGAAACUGCCGUACUACAAGUACUCUCCGGAGGCCGUGCUCGAAAAUGACCGCGCCAGGCUCUAUUGGGACCGGCCCAUCAUCACGGACAGGACGAUUGUCGCGAACAAACCUGAUAUCGUGGUGAUGGACCGGGCACAGUCGCGGGUAUUUUUGGUCGACAUUACCAUUCCAUAUGACGACAACCUCGUGAAAGCCGAAACAGAUAAGAAGAUGAAGUAUCUGGACCUGGCUCACGAGGUGACCGACAUGUGGGGUGGAGUGCCGACCGAAAUUAUCCCAAUAUUCGUAUCUGCGAAUGGGUUGAUCCCAGUCAGGCUCUCCGGACAUCUGAGGCGACUGGGACUCCGGAACGGAACGCUCCAAGCUCUAAUGCAGAAAGCGGUGCUCCUCGAUACCGCCCGCAUCCGCCCGCAUCCGCUUUCUCUCCCUUUCACCCUAACCCUCGGCCGUUUGGUCUCCCCUGCCGAGGGCUUCCGUCUGGUUGGGUCCUAUUUAAAUAUGUAUUAUAUGUGGCGGCUAAAUAUU